AUGUCUUAUCCUGAUCUUACAACGUUCAAGGCAUUGUCAUUUGACUGCUAUGGCACUUUGAUAGACCAAGAGUCUGGCAUGACCCGUGGCUUACAGCCUAUCAUUAGUCGCCUUCCUUCCGAUAGCGACUACAAAGAGAAUCCAGUUCUGUUGAUUCAGCGCUUUCACGAGUUUACCCAGGUCCUUGAAGAAGGGGAGCCUACCCUACGCUACAGCAGUAUCGUCUCGCGCUCGUUCAAAAGUCUUGCAAAAGAACUCGAUAUUUCUGUACCUGAUGAAGAAAUGAAUCAUCUCGAGUCCCUUCCCGGAACUUGGCUCCCUUUCCCCGAUACAAUUCCAGGCUUGCAAAUUUUAAAGAAGCACUACAAGCUCAUCAUCCUCACUAACAUGGAUAACGUCAACGCGUCUUCAACUCUAAAGCAUCUCCAGCCCGCUGAAUUCGACAGAGUCUACACUGCCGAAGACAUCGGUAGUUAUAAACCCGCUAAGGCAAACUUCGACUACUUGUUUGAUCAUCUCAAAAGCGAUCUGAGCGUCGACAAGGAUCGCGGGGAAUUACUACACGUAGCGAGAAGUUUGACUGCAGAUCACGUCCCGGCCAAACGGUUCGGACUCCGAAGUGUUUGGAUCUCUCGCGGCGGUGAAAAGAAAGAGGGAACAGGUGUUGGAGGUGAUUAUGAGAGAUUGAAAGAAAACGUGGCGUUUGAAUGGAGAUUUGAUAGCAUUGGGAAAUUCGCGGAGGAAGUGGAAAGGCAGUUUGCUCAGAAGACAGCUUAGAAAACGGUUUUGCGCUGCGGCCUGAACAAUUACGACCUACGGUCAUGGAUCAUGGAUGAAGUAGGGCUGAGCGCUGAGUUAUGCCGGCAGAUGGCAUUAAAUAUCACGGUGGUGAAUAUGCAACUCAUCGAGAUGGA